AUGUCAGAGCAGAGUGUCAAGCCGGUCGUCGUGAUCGCAGUCGGCGUCAUCGCAAGCAUGUCUUUCAAUACCGGCUACGACAUCGGUAUAAUGUCGUCCGCGAAGAGGCUCAUGGCGCUCGACCUCGACCUGAGCCCAUGGCAGGUUUCCGUGUUGGUCGGCAGCCUCAACAUUGUCACCGGCCUCGCCAGCCUGCUUAGCGGCGUGGCGGCGGACACCCUCGGAAGGAAGAGGCUCAUCCUUCUCUCAAGCUUCAUCUGCACAGUCGCUGUGCUGCUUAUGGGAGCCGCCAGCGGACCGAACGCCUUUGCGAUGGUGAUGCUUGGGCGCACCUUCAACGGCAUUGGCACCGGGCUGGCUCUGCAGGUGUCCCAAUGCUUCGUCGCAGAGAUUGCGCCGAAGCAUAUCCGCGGCUUGCUCGGCGCGUCGUUCGAGCUGUUCAUCAACAUCGGCGACUCUCGCCGCAUCCUGAUGGGCUACAUCGGCGGCUGGGCGCUCUCCGGUCUGCCCGUUGGCACCGCCUGGCGGCUGAUGAUUGGGCUGGGCGCUGUGCCGCCCGCGGUCGUCCUGCUCGUGAUGCCGUGCAUGCCCGAGUCGCCGCGCUUCCUCCUCGGAGCUGGCCGCGCGGACGAGGCGGAGCGAGUCUUGUACCGGAUCUACGCGCCUGCCGAGGCGGCAGCCGCCCUGCAGGAGAUGCAAGAGGAGGCGGCCAAGCACGCCGGAGCUGGUUCGGGCGCCGGGCUGCUCACGACGGCACGGCUGGUCCUCUGUGCGCCCGCGCCACGCACGCGCCAGCUCGCGCAUGCCGCGCUCAUGACCGCCUUCCUCCAGCAAGCCUCCGGCGUCGAGGCGGCGACCUACUACACUCCCGAGGUCAUGGAGGCUGCCGGGGUCGAGGACGAGGCGUCGCUGCAGCUGGCCACGAUCGCCAUGGGCGCCGUCAAGGUGAGUGUGAUCGGUGUCGCCGCGGCGGUCGUGGACCGGUGCGGACGCAAGCCGCUCCUCGUCGCCUCAAACGCGGGGAUUGCCGCCGCGCAGCUCCUCCUGUCUGCCAGCUUUGCGUCCGGCGGCAUGCUGUGGGCCGCCCUGGCAGGCCAGUGCAUCUUCAUGGCAACCUUCUCCGCCGGGGUUGGCCCUUGCACGUGGCUGCUCAUCCCCGAGUCCUUCCCGCUAGCCGCGAGGGGCGUCGGCGUCGGCAUCGCCACCUUCAUCAACCGCAUGGCCGCCGGGGGGAUCGCGCUCGUCUUCUCCUCCCUGAUCCGCACCCUCACCCCCGCCGGCACCUUCCUCUUCUUCGCGAUGUGCGCGGCCGGGGCCGCGGCAUACACCUCGGCGUGCGUGGUCGAGACGAAGGGCCUCUCGCUCGAGGAGAUCCACUCGGAGCAGCCGCGUUCGAACGGUGCCGCGGCUCGUGCUCCUGCUGCCGCGGCGGACCCUGCCAGGACUGUCCUAGUCAGAACUCGCAGCCCCGCGCCACGGGCGCGGCGCGUCCCUGCAAACCCGGUGCCGCAAGAGCCGGACGGCGCGCCUGCUGCCGCCGCGCCCGCCGCUACGCCUGCUGCCGCCGCGCCCGCUGUCGCGCCCGCCCAGCGCCCGUGGCUGCGGCCUCGCCACCGCCGCUGGCUCAAGCACGGGGCAACGAGCGUUCUCAUGUCCGGCGUGAUGGUGGCCACGCUGCUCACGGCGGGCGCAAGCCUCUCUCUUGCCGCCUCGAUCGCGUGCCUCUCGAGCGUCGCCCUCUGUGCGCUUCUCUCGCCAUCCGACGCAGCAGCGCCGACGGCCGACCCCAUCGACACCGGCCUCGCCUGCCCAAUUUGCUUUGACGUGCUCGUGGAGCCGGUGACGAUGAGCUGCCAGCACAGCGUCUGCAAGGGCUGCCUGCGCCGCCUCAUCGACGCAACCCCCGAAUGGGAAAGCGUGCGCUGCCCGAGCUGCCGCUCGCCGCUAACACGGGAGGUGCCGGCGGGCGUCAACACGAUGCUCCAGGCGCAGGUCGAGACCCGCCACCCCGCCGAGCUCGCCGAGCGGCGCGCGAGCGAGCGUGCGGGCGGCGGCGGCGGCUCACGGGUUACGCUGUGGGAAAUGGUCAGACAGCGGCUCGCACCCGGGCCAGGUCUGGGAUUUCUCGGCGCAACACUCGGCUAUAUCCUCUUGUUCUGCUACUUUACCAUCAUCUUCGUCGCGACGCCGCUCCUCGUUUCCGUGCGAUACAGCGAGGUGCGCCUCUGCGGAGCGUGGGUUGACCCCCUUUGGAAGCGUCUCUUUUACGCGCUGCAGCUCGUCGCGCCCAUCGGCAACAUCGCGCUGAGCGUUUGGCAAGACACGCGCGUCGCCGAGGUCUCGUUCUGGGGUGCUGCUGCUUCGAUUCUAAUGCUCUCCCACGCGGUGGACCGCUCUCCCGUGCCGCUGUACAUGCCAGCUCGCGUGCGGGCGGCCGCGGACCUGUCACAGGCCACUGGCAACGCCAUGAUUGCUUGGCAGCUCCUCGCUACGCUGCCCUCGCUCUGCGUGCUCUGGACCGCCGCCCAGUCUCUCUGA